UCGAUCCAGUCGAUUGCGGUAGUCAGUUGUUUGUGUCGAAAAAGUGUGUUUGUCAUCGUUCCGAAUUUUUGGUGUGAUAAUUUGCUGUGUUGUGUAAGCACGAAUUUGAAUAAUGGCAAGGCGAUAUGAUACACGGACUACAAUCUUUUCCCCCGAAGGACGUUUGUACCAGGUAGAAUAUGCUAUGGAAGCAAUUAGUCAUGCUGGUACCUGCCUUGGGAUUUUGGCCAAUGAUGGAAUUCUUUUAGCAGCUGAAAGAAGAAACACAAACAAAUUGCUGGAUGAGGUUUUCUUCUCAGAAAAAAUAUAUAAACUUAAUGAUGAUAUGGUAUGCAGCGUUGCUGGUAUCACAUCGGACGCGAAUGUUCUGACCAAUGAGUUGAGGAUGAUAGCCCAGCGUUACCUGCUACAGUACGGAGAAUCAAUUCCUUGUGAACAGCUUGUGUCUUGGUUGUGUGAUGUGAAACAAGCUUAUACACAGUAUGGAGGUAAGCGACCAUUUGGUGUGUCAAUCCUGUACAUGGGCUGGGACAAACAUUAUGGCUACCAGUUGUAUCAGUCAGAUCCAAGUGGGAACUAUGGUGGAUGGAAGGCCACAUGCAUCGGGAACAACAGUGCGGCAGCAGUCUCAAACCUCAAGCAGGAGUACAAAGAGGGAGAAACGACGCUGAAGGGUGCAAUGGCUCUGGCCAUCAAAGUUCUCAGUAAGACUCUUGACAUGACAAAACUUACUGCAGAGAAAGUUGAAAUGGCUACUUUAACACGUGAAAAUGGAAAGACAAAGACACGUAUCUUGCCUGCCAAGGAAGUGGCACAACUCAUAACAGCUUAUGAGAAAGCGGAAGCCGAAGCAGAAGCCGCCAAGAAGGAACAGAAGCAAAAGAGCUAGAAGUCUCUCAGUAAUUUAAUUAAAUCUGACUUUAUUAUAUUGUAUCUAAAAAUGUAUGUUGAAUUUUUCAAAAAAUAUUUCAUUGAUACAAAAUAAAUGUGUGUGUUGAAUUCA